GACUGUUUCUGUCAAGCCACCGUCUUACAUGGAGACCGACAACUUCUUCCCAGCGUUGGACUCAAAUCGACCACAUUGCCAUCAGCUACCGAUGACGAGGAUCGAUUGAAGACUGCCGCACCUACUGGUCAACAACCGUGGACACGGACCAUGCUCCGCUACGAGCGAGAUUCGCUCUACGCCUGGUAA